AUGGAGCAGCCGACCAACACUGAGGGGGCGGGCCAGCACAAGCAAGACCUCGGGGUGGUUCCGGACCUCGAGGAGGCCCUCCAGCACUUCGCCCACCUGGUGGAGGUCUACUACGAUUCAACCGCCCUCUCCUCUUCUGGAGCAAAGCAGGAAGAUGAGCCGCACGCCCUGCUGCAGGCGGUCUUGGAUGUCUACGAGCAGUGCAAGGGCACGGCCGGAGGGGUGGUCGUUGUGGGUGCCGCGGCUGCAGGGCGGAGUGGGCGGGAGCACCUGCAGCGGAUCGGAUUUGUGCCGCUUACGAGCCCAGAGGGCAAGAGCAUGAGGCUGGUCUACCACGAGCACCUGGCGGCGUACGAAAGCGCCAAGAGCCGUGCGCGAAGCGAGUACCACGCCAAGAGGGCACAGCAGCACGAGGCCGACUUCAUGGGAGAGCUCGCUGGUAUCUUCGAUAUGCGACACAUCGUUUGCAACGACGACAAUCCGCACGAGACCCUGUUCUUCCCCGAAGAAGAGGACGACGGGGAAGAACACCGCCGGACUUCGUCGCCCUUGCCUCAAGCAAAGGCCUCCGUUGCAGCGUUUGUACAAAAGUAUCACAAGGUGGUGGGCACGACGCCCUUCUUGAAGGGACUACGGCGAAUCUUGGAGCAGCAGGUGGGACAGACCGUUGCGCUGCAAUGGACGCUCGCCAUCAGCGUGUUCACGGAGAGUGGCGGGCCGGCAUUUCUCUCCGAGGCACUUGCACUCAUGCACGUCCUUCGAUUUCGGCCGUUGAAGCUCGUUCACAUUGACGAUGGAAUGGUGAGUGUGACCUGGCGAAUGUGCGCCGACUUGAGCGACAAGGACAUCACGAGCCUCCUUCGCGCCGGCCUGACCAACAACAGCCUGAAGAAGAUGCCCGGUUCACCAACGGGCACCGUCGCCGUUAGCGACGUGCAGCGAAGGUUGCCUCCCGCUUCAUCCGGCGGAGGAGAGGCAGCUCCCCCAGCUCAGGGACUCAAGAUGCUACUUCGCAAGAUGAAGAUAUCCUCGUAG